AUGGCUGAAGUGCUGCACACGCCGCGAGAGGGCUCGCCGUUUGGCGGACCCCCAAUGGCGCGCACCACCUCGUCGUCCAACCUAUACAACGCCUUGACGUCACCGCGAAGGAACCACUUCUCGCUGAACGACCUGCGCGUCCACUCUGAGCAGUCCGAGUCGUCUCGCGCCUCGUCGCUGCACUCAGAGUCCUCCAGCAGCCUGUCACUGGACACCAGACUGGACGAGUCGAGCAGCGAAGACGAUGGCCUCACAUUUCCCGACUACGGCAAGAGUCGAAGCGGAUACAGCAAGGCGACAGACUCCUACGACCACACCGACUCGCCGAGCAUCAACAUCACCGGCGAGCAAUUACCACCCUUCGACCCACACAUCACUGCCGAAGGGACACUAUCAACCGACACACCAUUGACAACGCCAGACCCAGUACCCAUUUCAGAGGACGACACAGCUGUGCGAAAGGAGCCUUCGCAUCACGUGGACUACCUCUCGUAUGAAUGGAGGGAAGAGGAUAUCUGGUCCUCAUGGCGACACAUUGUCGAGCACAGGAGCGUUUACGGUGAGCGCUCUAGGCUCGAAAAUGCCUCGUGGCGGACGUGGGCCAAGUCCCAGUUCAAAUUGAAGACCGUGUCGCCCGAGACACUCAAUUGGCUGAAAGAUGUAGACGUGACUUGGUUGUACGGGCCCUUGCAGCCUGCUUGCAACAGAUUCGCCUCGCAGCAAAACUCAGAGCCGGUAAGCCGCUUGUCUAAGAGCAGCUCUUUCCUGGGUAAUGUGAAGAAGCCUAUCUUGAAAAAGCGCAGCAUGUCAGAGGCAAUGCUGCAAAAGUCGCUCUCAUCAUCGUCGUUAGUGGCAGAAGCUGUAGAGAUGGCUCAAGCACAGCGCACACCGACUGUCACACUGGAGCGCCGGAAACCUCGACCAAUUAUCGGCAGGAAGACUUCCGAUAUCCCCACCGCCUCGUCAUUGAUGUCAAGGACCACAAGCCGGGAACCUACAGAUUACUUCACCUCGAGAUCGACGUCCGGCCUGCAUACACCAUUCGAAGGCGAGAAGAAGCACAUUCGUUUCGAUGACAAAGUCGAGCAGUGCAUCGCAAUUGAAACAAAAGACGGAGAUGACGAUGAGGACGACUUCAACCACAACCCUUGGGCGUCACAGAACGAUGAGGAUUCAUCGUCUGAUGAGGGAGUGGUCAUGAUGAGGCGUUCGCGCAAGAACAAAAAGCGGCCGCUAUCGAGAACCGCUUCGAAGACCAGCAUUAGCAGCAGCAAAGCUGGCAACAAGACUAUUGAGAAGCUACCAUCCACGACACUAAAGUACAGAACGGACUCACCGGACGUUACUGAGCAGCAGCAGUCACACUCUCUGGGAUUCUGGCGAUCAAGUAGACUUUCGCCCUCGCCGUCCCAGGAGACACUUCGGCCAUCGCACCCAUCUUCGAACUUCCUCCUUCCCGAAGACGAUGAUGAUGAGGAAUACUUCAACCCUUCCAGAGCAUUCGGCGUACAGCGCCCAGCCACCCCUACUGCCUCGGACCCUUACUCACAGCGAAACAAGCACCUCGAAGUACCCUCUGAAUCCGGUGGUCUCCGAAGGACAGCAUCAGGCAUGAUUGCGCCCUUCGAAGAUACAGACGACGAGCCUCAACGCGGAGGCAUACUGGGCAGCGUUGUAGAUACCGUGAACACCGCAAGAGACAUUGCACAUGUAAUAUGGAACGUAGGAUGGAAGAACUAA